UCAUUUGCAACGCAGAAUGACUAAUUACGGAACUGGAAUGUCGCCAGUCAGGUCCAGGAAGCCUUCACCUGCUUGUGUCAGGACGCCACAAGCCCAUGAGCAGUGAAGCAGCGAACGUCUCUCGUCGCGAUGUGCUGGGCUGUCAUUACCUGGACAGCAAUCAUAGCAACAAAGCUGCUCCAAACAUCUGCUUAUGGUCACGCAGGAGCACAGGACAACUCUCGCCCACCUGCCUUGGGAUUCAAAGAAAACUUUUCCUGGGGUCCGGAUUUCUUUUACCCAAAAGAACGAGAACGUAAUGUGAACGCAAACAACUUUCGACCCCGAGCGCCUACCGGCGGGAUUCCGCGGAACUCCCUUGGCAGGCGGCGGCAACUCGGAGGCGGCGUGAACAGCAGACCGGACCUGUUCUUGCCCCCCGCCGCAGAUGACCCCGAUGACAUUUAUAUAUUCGAUGGAGCAACUUCGCCAAGACCAAGACCUGGUGGGAGCGAAGCGCCGCUUACUACGCCUUCAACGACCACGACAGCGGCAAACUGCGACUGCCCCUCAACGCCGGAGUUCAACCCGGUGUGCGGUUCAGACGCACUCACGUACACCAACCCCGGAAAAUUGAAGUGCGCCAUUUUCUGUGGAACAGAUGUCGCUCUGAAGCACUACGGAUCGUGCUUGAGCACUACAGCACCCCAGACGACGACUGGCUCUUCCCAGUGAGGGAGGAGCUGCGAGUUCCUGCGAGCCCUGGAUUGUUUUAUUACGUUCAGAGCUGCAAGGCUUGUGAAGAGAGAGCAAAAUGCCUCUGUUCUGUCGAGCGCCUUCAUUUCUCUCCCUUCGUCCUCUUGUAUAUACGCAUCCUAGGCCCUAAUUCAAAGAAGCGGUAGGAUUCCUAGGAUGGAACAGGACACAGAAAACGCAAACAUCCGAAUGGGAUUCGGACCCACGAUCCCAGUGCUUCAAGUGCUGUCUGUGGCGUAUGCUUUUCUCAAAUAAUUUUGUACAGCCCUGUUGUACUAUUUUAACAUACAAAAUCAAAAUAGAUUUAUGUGCAAUAAAGUUCCAAACCUUUGGC